AUGCUCCCAAUACCGUCCCGGCAGCAUGCCCAGUUCGAUCCUACUGCAUAUUAUAUUAUAGUAGGAGGAUUUGGUGGUCUCGGAAGGUCCAUUAUUAGAUGGAUAUGCCAGCGCGGAGCUCGCAACUUAGUAGUUUUGUCUAGACGCGGGAUAGAGAAAAGUUCCCCUGCAGCGCAAAACCUCGUAAACACUCUCGGUGAGCGUGGGAUUAAUAUUCAACCUUUGACAUGCGAUAUCAGCGACCGGUCUCAAGUAACACGCCUCAUAGAGAGUAUCUCGUUAGUCUCCCCGAAUACCCCCGUCAAAGGUAUUAUUCACGCCGCUGUCUCCUACCUCGACCUAUCCUUCGAUAAACUCACUAUCCAGCGAUGGCGCGACAGCCUAGCUGCUAAGGUCCAAGGGAGCAAGAAUCUUCACGAAGCGACCCUGUCUCUCCCCCAUGGACAGCUGGACUUUUUUGUCAUGGUCACCUCACUCGAGUCCAUCUACGCAUUGGCCACGCAGAGUGCAUACACGGCUGCCAAUGCAUUUCAGGAUUCGUUUGCGAGGUACCGCCGACGGCUCGGCAUGCCAGCAACGAGUAUAUUGUUAGGAUUCGUUAAGGGUAUUGGCGAGUUAGGUCAGGACUCGAUAACAGUGGAUAUGUUCGCGCGGAACAAGGGGCUAACACUCUCGGAGGGGGAGUUCCUUGCGCGGCUAGAACCAGCGUUUCUUAACGACGGCCUGACUAGUAACGAUGGAAAUAGUGAUAGCUGGAUUGGCCAAGCCGAGGACCCUUUUUCUGCUUCCAAUAUCCUCACUUGUCUAGACCCGGCUGCAAUGGCGGCUACCGAACGUGACGAGGAGGACGAAGCACGCGAUGCGGGCCCUGUCCGACCGUCAAGGAGCGCCAUGCCUCGCUGGUACAACGAUAGGCGUGUCUCUCUCAUUAUGCGCGCCUUCGAGGACGCGCGACGAAACCAACGCACAGGUAGCUCUUCGAACUCUAGGACAGCAGCAACGCAGGGAAGCGACGACAACGCCGGUAAGUCAUCUAUCAGUCACAUCCGCCGACAAUUCGAUACGGACAUUACCGCAGAAGCCCCGGGGCGUUCCAAAAUAGUCGGUUUUGUUGCAGGCGCUAUUUCGACAGCGGUAGCCGAGAUGCUCUUCGUAGGCGUCUCGAAUGUCAAUCCAGGGCGGUCUGUGGCUGACCAUGGCGUCGACAGCCUGAUCGCGGCGGAGCUGCGAAACUGGUUCCACCAGGCGCUAGGGGCGAAGAUAAAUAUGCAAGAGCUGUUAGAUGCGAGGUCGAGUAUUACGGCGCUGGCGGCUAGGAUUGUAGAUGCAGCGUUAGCUAAGAGGCAAGACGUGCAAAAAGGUAAGUAA